AACAUAUAACUGUUAGAUCCAGCGGAAUGCAGUUGCAAAUGAUCAAAUGUAGAAAUCCGGGAGGACCAAAAUUUGUGUCAAUGACUAUGUAGCUUGCAUUAUAUAUUGGUAUGCCGGAAACACCAGAAACAUGCGCACAGGCGCUGCAAGCAGCGCUAGGGUGCUCGCCGGUCGACGAGCUGGCGCUCGGCAGCAUUGUGGAAGCCUGCCUGGACCAGCUUGAGCGACGCACGGAUGCCCUUGAAGCAACUGGUGAACUCCAGUCCGUGGACAGCGAGGAUGGGGUCGGCGCAGCUUGCGCAUCAUCCGCUGGUCGCGAUUCCCGAGUGUGGACUGCCUGCCUGCGAAAUGCAGUGGGCUGCUGCGUUGCUGCUCAGAGUCCGGGAGUGCCGGAGAUGCUGCUGCGUGUGGAGAGCCGGGCGCGGAGUAACGAGGCCCUGGGCCUCCUGCUUCUGCAGCAGCUGCAGCAGCUGCAGCAGCGGCUGCGGCCGCGCACCUUCGCAUCGGCAGCAGCAGCAGCAGCUGCAGCAGCAGUCGCUAGGCCCUCGCAGCCACGCACCGGGGCUGUGGAGGACCCGGGGCCGGGCGACGCGCCUGGCGGCAGCAGGGUUGCGGGCACAAAGCUGGCGGCAGCUGGGGCCACCACCGCGGCUGCUGCUGCUGCUGCUGGCGUGUCCGACCCGCUUGAACACACCUGUGAAGGGGCGGUGGCAGACUUGCUGCUAGCCUUCGCGUGCGGCGGCGUAUCUGAUGGCCAGAGCCAGGGGCCGGGUGGCGGCGGUGGAGGUGUCAACGGCGGCGGCGGCGGCUGUGUUGGCGCGGCGCUGGCGGUGGUGGCGGAGGUCGCGGCCGGAAGCAGGCCCCGCCAGCUGGGCCGCGCGCUGGCGGCGCUGCCCGGCGCCAGUACCCCGCUGGCGGCGCACCUGGCAGCCUGGCUGACGGAGGCGGCGCUGGGCUGGCUGGCGGCGCCGCUGCCGGUGGAGCCGCCGCCGCCGCGGCCGCUGGUUGAUGAAGAUGUUGAGGACAGGGACGGCAAAACCGGCGCUGCAGCGUCGCAGGCAGCGGUGUUGGGGGCGGUGCAGGAGGUGCCGGCGGCGCUGCUGGCGGCGGCGGCGCCGCGGGCGUACGCCGGGGCGCGGCUGCUGGCGGCGCUGGCUUGGAGCUACCCGCAGCUGUCCCGCCGGCUGCUGCGGCGCCUGCUGGCGCGGCUGGGCUGCAGCGGCGGCGGCAGUGGCGGCGACGGCGCCGGCGCCGGCGUCAGCACCGACGGCGACGGCGACGAUGGCGAGGACCGCGCGGAAGAGGAGCGUGCGGGUCGGGCAAGAGUGCAGCCGGGGGGUGGCGGUGGCGGUGUGGCUGGCGGCGGGGGCGGCGGCAGCGGCCUGAUGUGGGCUGUGCUCCGGAGCGUCCUGGCGGAGGCGGCGCGCGUGCUGGGCGCCGUGCGGGAGCUGCAGCGGCUGCAGCGCCAGGCCGACGCCGCAGACAGGGAGGUGGCGGCGGCCGCCGCCGCAGCGGCCGCCGCCAACGCAGCCGUCAUGCGGGCGGUGGUGGCGGCGCAAGCCCCAGGGCCGGCGGCGGCGGCGCAGGCGGCGGCGCAGGCGGCGCCGCGCAGUGCGGGGCAGCGGGAGGCGCUGCUCGCGGCGACGGCGGCGGCGCAGGCGGCGGCGGCCCGCGCACAGGCCGCGACGGCGACCGUAUCGGCGUUAGCAGCGAGGUCUCACGCGGUGCUGUGCAACAACUUCGGCGCGUGUCCCACGCUGGCGCCCACGCCGCCGCGGUCGCCGCACGCCGCCGCGGUGGCGGCGGCGGCGGAGCUGGAGCCGCAGCUGCUCCUAGCGGAUGAGAUGGCGCAGGUGGUUGGCGAGUUCGUGGGUUACGCCGCCAGCGGCCCCUGCCCGGCGGCGGCGGCGGCGCUGGUGGCGGCGGCGGCGCCGCUGCUGCCGCACUGCGCUGACAUGUGCGACGCGUUGCUGCAGCUGGCGGCGCCGGUGGCGGCGGAGGCGGCCGCCGCCGCGGCGGCGCGCGACACUGCAGCCGCCGCCACCGCCGCCGCGACUGCCGCUGCAGCGACCCAGGUUGUCCUUAGCCCUGGCGUUGCCCUGGGCGUUGCUCUGGGCGACGGGGCAGGCGGCAGCGCGGCCACGUCUCCGGCCACCACCUCGUGUGCGCCGUCUGCGUUCACGGCCAGCCGGUACGGCACCUCCUCCUACCGUGGCAAUGGCGGCGGCGGCGGCAGCGACGCAGAAGGCGGCGGCGGCGGCGGCGCGGCCACGAGCGCUCGAUCGGCGCAUUGGGCAAUGCUCGACACGCGCCUGCUCAUGACCGGGGCCCAGUGCGAUGAUGAUGGCGACUCGGGGACGGGCGCGGGCGCUGCUACAGCCAUCGGCACGGCUACAGCCGCAGGCGCUGACGGCGGCGGCUGUAGCAGCGCGGAGCUCGGGCUGGCGCUGGAGGUGCUGUGCGGCGUGCUGGGGCACUGCUACAGCCUGCCGUCCAGUCUGGCGGCGGAGGCGGGCGGCAUGAUGGACGCGCUGCUACAGCUGGUCUGCCGGCCGCAGCUGGACGGCAGUAGCAGCGGUGCUGCUGCUGGUGGCGGUGGUGGUGGCGGUGGUGGCGGCGGCAGUAGCAGCAGCAGCACGUGGGCCGACGCAGCCUUAUACAGGGUGCAGCUCGCGCUACAGCUGCAGCAGCAGAGGCAGCAGCAGCAGGGCCAGGGGCAGGAGGGGCAGGGAGCUUGGGGGAGCGCCCAGCUAUCGCCGGUGAGGGAGCCGACCGGCCGCGGCCGCGGCCCGCAGCGGGCCCGGGGCAGCAGGCGGCGGCUCUUCGGCGGCGGCACGGCGGGCCCCAUGGACGCAGCGGGAGGGGCAGAGCAGCAGCAGGAGGAUCGGUAUCAGGCUGAUGAUGCUGAUGCUGAUGGCGAUGACUCAGGGGCCCACGGCGACGACGACGAGACAGAUGGGGAGGAAGGAGAGGAGCGUGAGGUGGUGUUGGCGCAGCUCUGGGGGGAACGGCUGGCGGCGGCGGUCCGGCGGCUGUGUCUGCAGCCUGCGGCGGCGGCGCCGCCCUAUAGGUCGGAGACUGAAGAGGCGAAAGCGGACGCGCGGGACGCCGCGGCGUCGUCACUGCGACACUGCCUGCGGUGGCGGACCUGCCGCCAAGCUCAGUGGGGUGGUGGCGCCAGCGGGCGGUCCCAACGCCGCCGCCGCAGCUCGGCUGCGCUGCGCCUCCUGCUGCAGUCACAGUCGCAGGCGCCCGUGUUGGCGCUGGCGGCGCCGCCACUGGCUUCUCUGCUUCGGAGCCUCUGCCAGGCCGCCGCCGCCGCUGCCGCUGCCGCUGCCACCACGGGGGCUGAAAAGCGCGGCGCAGGCGACGCGGCGGCUGUCCUUGCAGAGGUGCUGGUGGACGCUGCGUUUUGUGCCUUGGAUGGCGGGAGUGGCAGCGGCACCGGCAGCGGUGAUGGCGGCGUGACGGCCGCAGUGCCGCCAGCAGCGGCAGCAGCAGCCAGUGCCGAGGCGGUGGCGUUGCUGCAGCUGCGGAUGCAGGCGCUGGCGGCGAUCGCCGACUGGCUGCUGUCGCAGCCCGCGCCGCCGGCACGCGUCGUCACCGCCGUGAUUGCGGCGGCGGCGGACUUGCUGCCAGGGCGGGAAUCGGCGGCGGCGGCGGACGCGGCGGCGGCGGUUGCGCCUGCAGCACCUGCCGCGCGGCUGGGGUUGGCGGCCGCGCAGGCGGCGCUGCGAGCCGCACUGCUGGCGGGCCGCGAUGUCGUCGGCGGGGGCGGUGGGGGCGGUGAGAUCGCCGCGGGCGGCAACACCGGCGGCGGCGGCGGCGUCACGGCGGCGUGGGGCGUGGCGCUGUCGGGUGUGGCGGCGGCGCUGGUGGGCUGCCACGGUGCGCUGCAGGCCUGCGUGGGUGAGCUGCUACAGCCGCCUGAGGCGGCCACAGCAGCAGCAGCAGCGGCAGCAGUGCCGCCGCCGCGGGUGCUACAGCCGUCGGAGCGGUCUCCAGGGCCCACACGCAGCACGGAUGCGCCUGCUGCAGCCGCAGCUGCUGCUCCCUCUGCCUUGUUGCCUGCGAAGGCCGUGAGCCAGUGCGAGUGCGGGGCUGGUGCAGGCGGUGGCGGCGGUGGCGGUGAUGGCGGUGGCGGUGAUGGAGAUGUCGAGAGCGAGGGAGCCACCGUAGAGCGAGGGCUGCAGCAGGCGGCACGGCGGGGGUUCUUCGUGCUGCGCCGCCAUCGCCCGACCACCACGCCGGGCGCUGCUACAGCCGCUACUGCUGCCACCACGCCGGGCGCUGCUACAGCCGCUGCCGCUGCCUCCACGCCGCAUUCGCGCGCACAGGCGCGCCUGAGCUUGGGCGUCGGGUGCACACCUGGCGCCAGCGGCGCCGCAGCCAUCGGCGUCGCGGGCGCUACAGCCGAAGCGGCUGUGACUGCUGCUACUGACGGUGUGCCACCCAAGGUGCGGCAGCCCAGCAUCGCCACCUGGCCCCUAUCCCUUGCCGCGGCGGGACCGCUGCUGCGGAGCCUGCUCGGCAGCAUACCAGCUAACAGCAGCAGCAACAACAGCGGCGGCGGCGAUGAUGUUGUAUCCGGAUCGGGAUCUGGCGAUGCGGAUGAGAUCCGCGCCUGGCGGCUGCUGUCAUACGGCAUGGGGCUUGCGUGCGGUACGGCAGCGCGUGUGGAGGUAGCCGUACGGCAUGUGCCGCCGCGGCUGUACGGCGAGUGGGGGGCGCACGUGCGCGAGUUGGCGGAGGCGGCUGCGGCUGCGGCGGUGGCGGCGCGCGCGCGGGCGCGGCACGUGUGGCGGCAAGAACAGCAGCAGCAGGACCAGUUGCGAGCGGCUGCUAACGUAGGCGCUGGCUGCAGGGAAGGAACUGGGGCUGGGGCUGGGCAGUCGGCGGCCCAAGGAACGGCCACGGCUGUAGCAGCUCCGCCGCCGCCGCCACCUGCUACAGCGGCAGUAGCGUCCGUCUCCCUGACACCGCCGGCAUCGUCCCAGCACCAGGGCCGCAGUGGGGGCCGCUCCGCCUGCACACCCAGCACCCAGCUAUCACCGGACUCGUUGCAGCAGCAGCACCACCACCAUAACAACAACCAACAGCGUCAGCAGCCGUCUAGCAAGGAGCAGCAGCAGCAGCAGCUGCAGCAUGCCUCCUCUGUACAGCAGCAACCCGCGUCCUGUUGCACCGCUCCUGACGCCACGGGCCUGAAAAGUGGCGCGGCGGCAGCGGCAGCGGCAGCCGCCGCAGUGGCGCCGCCAUCGCCCUCGUCUUCGCCGGCCGCCAACGCGUCGCAGCCGCCACCUGCAAAGAUUUCCAAGGCGGCCGCACGUGAGCGGCAGGCGCUGGCCGCCAGCCUGUCCCUCUUCACAGGCUUCUCAGAGACAUGCGGCGGCGGCGAGGCCGGCGACCGGCAGGGCCGCAAACGCCGCAGCGCGGCAGCGCUGCCCACUCCAGCGCCACCAUCGCAGCGGCAAAAGACCGCGUCGGUGCAGAAACCGGCAGCGGCACGGGCGGCCGCCGCGGUGUCGGAGCAGGCGGCGCCGGUGCCUCAGGCGGCGGGCUCGGAGAAGGCAGGGUUGAAAGCUGGAGGGGAGCGGGCGCAGCAGCAGGCCCAGCUUGCAAGCGAUGGCGGCAGUGCAGGUGCAGCGGCGGCUCCCGCUGUCAAGGCUGAGCCGUUGCGGAGCUCGCCGCGUCUCAGCAAGCAGGCAGGCAGCGCAGCGCGUGUCGCGACAGCGACAACGACCACAACAUUAACAACAACCACAACAACAAUGACCAGAAGUGCGGCGGUGGCGGCGGCAACGCUGCAGUCGCCGACCAAGACGGGGCCGGGCGGCGCCAGCGAUUCUGGAGCGGGAGCGGGAUCUGGAGCUGGAACUGGAACUGGAGCUCGAGGCAGACGGGGCGCGCCCGCAGCUGCCAGCGCGGACACCUGUGCAGUGGCGGUGGGGGUGGCGGCGGCCUCCUCCACUGGCCGCCGCCGCAGCAGCAGGCUGCAGGGGGCGGAGGCGCCCGCCCCAGCCGCCAGUGCCGGCGGCGGUGGCAGCAGCCCGGGCAGCCCGCGGCGAAGCCGCCCGAACCCGAUUGCCGCUGCCACUGCCAAGACCACGCCAGCGGCUGCGGCUGCAGCUGCGGCUGCGGCUGCGGCUGCCGGCACGGGACCAGCACCGCGGGAGGCACGGGAUGCCGGCCCCGCCCCUGGCCCUGGCUGUCCUGGCCCGUCUCCUACGCCGGGUCCGGGCGCAGCACGGGGCCAGGCUGGCUGCCCCGUGGCCUUGGAGCCGCCACAUGCCGCCCAAACAGCAGCGCCCUCCCACGUGGUCACUGCUGCCGCUGCCACGGCGCCAGGGCCCGGCACCGGGGAUCCGGCUGCCCACGGCGCAACGCCGCAGCCGCAACUCCCACCGCCGCACUGCCCCGGUGCUCAAACAGCGCGAGAGCCGCCGCGGGCGGCGCUGGCUGCCGAGCUGGCGCAGGCCGGCGCCGCGGCGCUGCGGCUGCUGCGACUGGCCGCCAAUGCGGCAUCCGCGUUGUCCGCAGCCUCCGCCUCCGCCGCCCAUUCCAGCAGGCAGCAUGUACCUAGCGGAGGCGCGCUGAGCCAGCGGCUUCCCGUGGCGGCACCGCUCACGGCAGAGACAGCAUCAGAGGCGGUCGCAAGCGCAUGCGCGCUGGUGCCGCCGCGGCGCCUGUCGCAGCUGCCGCCGGGGCAGCCGGCCGGCGCCAUGCACCCUGCCGGCGCCGCCGCAACUCCCGCCGUUGCAGCUCCUGCUGCUCUUUCUUCUCCUGCACCGGUGGUGUCCGCGGCGGCCUUGCUCUCGCCCGCUGUUUCACUGCUGUUCCCACACGCCGGCCUCACGGGGCCGCCGCGGCGGGAGGUGCUUCGCGCCUGCCUGCUGGCGGUGCGGCCGGCGGCCGCCAGCGGCACCUGGACCGCCACGCAGCGCGCCGCGGAGCAGCGGCUGCUGGCGGCGGCGGCGCUGUGCGCGCUGCACGAGGCGUGGGCGCUGCUGCAGCAGGGGCAGCAGGCACGGUCUCUGCAGUCGGCAGGGGCGUCGUCAGCAUCGUCAUCGUCAUCAGCAGCGGCGGCAGCGGCGGCGGCGAAUGCGGCGGCGCGUCAUGGGUCAGAGCAGGUGGCGGCGCUGGUGGCGCUGGCGGCGGCGCUGGUGCGGGCCGAUGAGCCGCACCAGGGCCAGUCGUACUCGCAGCCGCGGCAAGGCGGCAAGGCAGGCCAGCAGCAGCGGCGUUGGUCAUCGAAAGACCGACCGACACCGGCACCGGCACCGGCGACUGCAAUUGCAUCCCGGGAGCUGGGUGUGCUCGUGGCUGGCGUCAGCAGGAAGCUGCUGCUGGCCUCGGAAUAUGCCAAUCUAACAGUGGCGGGGCCCGGCGCCGGCGCCGGCGGCAGCAUCACCACCACAACCACCACGGCAUCCCGGGGCGGCGGCGCCGGCAGGCUCGCCGCCGCGCCAGCUGGACGCCCGGGGGCGUCGGUGCGGGCGGUGCAGGCGCCCGCGCUCCCGCCGCCGCUGUCCGAAUCGGCUGUGCACAGGCUGGCGGCGCUGGCGUGCCGGGGAGCCGGCGUCCCCGACGUCGCGUCUCUGGCGGCGCAGCUUAUCUCCGCCUCGGCCGUAGUCACGCACAUUCCACAACCGCCUGUCGGCGCAGCCACUGCGGCCACUGCCGCCGCUGCCGCUGCCGCCGCUGCCGGGGCAGCGGGGCCCCGGUGUCGGCCGCUGCGGCUGUGUCCCUUCCUUGCCCGCGCCGGCGGUCUGUCUGCUGCUGAGGGGCCCUCCGGGCCCGCUGGCUCCCCGCUACACGCCCACCACCCUGCACCGCCCUGGAUGCACUCCGCGGCCUUAGCAGCAGCAGCUGCAGCCGCAACCGGCGGCAGUAGUUGCAGCAGUGGCGGCCGACUGGCAGUAGCAAGGGUGCUACUGGAGGUGGCGGCGGCGCCGGCGCUGCGGCAGCCGUUGCUGGAUGCAACGGCGGCGCUGGCGGCGGCGGGCCGGGCGGCGGCGGCGGCGGCGGCGCGCGGGAGAGAUCAGGAGAUUGACACGGAAGGGUCUGCAGAAGAGUACGAAGAGACGGCAAUGCUAGGACAUGGGCUUUCGCAGUGGCGACAGAGACAGCGCCCCGGGACUGCCGCGAAGGCGCUGGAGCUUCAGGAUGUGCCGGACGCGCUGGCCUCCUGUCUCGGCUGUAGCGCCCGUGCCUCGGUCCUGCUACUGCCGCUCCUGUCAGGCGGCCAAGCCAGUCAGGGCGGUGGCAGUGGCACUGGCUGUAGCAGCGGUGGCGGCGGCGGCGGCGCCGCCACUCUCAGUGUCGCUGCCGGUGUCGCGGACCUGGCGGCCUCGGCGGCUCGCAGCAUGGCUGUAGCCGUUGAGUGCGCCACGGCGGCCGCAGUGCUGCUGUAUCACCGCGCAGCCGCCGCCGCCGCCGCCGCUGCCGCCGCAGCAGCAGCCGCCGCGACCAGGGCCCCUGCCCCGGAUGUUGAGGGGCCGGAGGCGGAGCAGCAGGAGGACCAUGAAGAGGGGCUGGAGGAGCAGGAGCAGGAGGAGGAGGAGGAAGAGUGCGGGCAGGCGGGCGAGUGCGAGUGGGAGCUGUGUAUGGCGGUGGCGGUGGCGCAGUACCACCGGCCCGAGCUGGAGCCACUGAUGCAGCAGCUGGUCACGCUGUGCGGCAGUAGCAGCGGCAGUGGCAGUAGCAGUGGCAGUAGCACCGGCCGGGCCCUGGUCGGCUACAGCCGCCGCCUGUACGAGGGCGUGGGGCGCUGGCACGCCACCUGCCUGCGGCUGGCGGACCUGUUGGAGGCCGCGGCGCGGGAGCGCGCGGCGGUGGCGGAGCAGGAGCAGCGGGGGCAGCAGCAGCAGCAGCAGGAGCAGCAGCAGCAACAGCAGGAGGUGGGGGAGAAGGAGGUGGCGGCAGCUCAGGAGGAGUCGCAAGACGGGCGGCGGCCGCAGGACCGGUGGCGGCGGCGGCAGUGGCGGCACCUGCGGCGCCUGCAGGCGCUGGAGGACCUCCUGCGCAGGGCGGCGGAGCGCGUGCGCGGCCGCGUCAGUACCGCCACCGCGACUGGCAAGCGCAAAAAAACGGCCGCCGCCGCAGCUGCCGCCGCCAACGCUGAAGCCGCUGGCGGCGCUAGCGGUGCGGGCCUCAGCCUGGGCCUCGGCCGGGGCUGGGCAGGUGCCAUGUCUCCUGAUUCCUCACCGUAUGAUGAUGUCGGCGCGGCAGCGGUGACGGCAGUGGCGGCGGGGGGCCAUGCCACCGCCGCCGCCGCCACUACAGAGCCGGUGGUCGCGGCCGCUGGCUUAGGGGCGGCUGGGCGCGUGUCCGGUGCGGCAGGCGCGGGCCACGGGCCGCUGGGGCAUGUGGCCACGGGGUCGGGCCAUGCGCUCGCGCGAGGGCUGGCGCACCAAGGGCAGGGGACGGCGGCGGAGCAGGAGCAGGAGGAGGGGGAGGAGGUGCCACAUGAGCCGCUGUUUCUGUUGCUGGGCCGAAUGGACCUAGAGGAGGAGGUGGAGGUGCAGGAAGGGGAGGAGCAGGAGGAGAGGGACAAGGAGGGGGAGGAGCAGCGGAAGGGCAUGCGAAGUGAGCCGAGCAAGACGGGCCGUGUGGGGAACCACCUGCGGCAGGAGCAGCCGCCCGUGCCCAUGCCCAUGCUUGCGCCCGCACGCGCACCUGCACCCACACCCGCACCCGUGCCCGCACGGACGCCGGCGCCGGCGCCACGAACUGGUGGCAAGCAGCCGCGGGCGCCGGCGGCGAAAGCGCCGGAGGCUGCUCGGCCACACUCGCAGCGGACGCCCGCUGCUGCUGCGGCCGGCGGGCAGCAGACAGCCGCAGCUCCCAAGUCCGGCGACGGGAAGGAGCACAAGGCGCCGGGAGGUGCAGCGACGACGACGGCAACAGCAGCCGCGGCGGCGGCGCCCGAGCCUGCGGCGCCGCUGGAUGCACGGGCGCAAGCGGCAGCAGCGGCCGGAUGCUCUGGGGAUGCGGGAGGAGUGGGAGGAGCGGGGCUGGCGGCAGCGGCGGUCGCGCGCGGCCGGCAGGCUGCGGCGGUGGCAGCAGCCGCUGCGGCGGCGGUGGCCCAUGCGCCUGUGCCUGCUGGCGGCGCCAGCGGAGCUGCAGUGGCGGCGGCGACGGCGGCAAGGCAGGGUGGGCCUGGCACCGCGGGUAUCGCUGCGACGGGGUCCGCCGCGCUCGUCGCUGCAGCUGCGGCUCCUGUGGCCGCAGCCCCGGGGCCAGGGCUGUCGCCGGCAGGUCCUAUGCGGAGAAGCAUUCGACCCAUGCCGCUCGCGGCGGCGACGACCGCCAAGCCUACGGUGCCGGCGGCGGCGGUCGUUGCGGCGGCGGCGGCGGCGGCCCCAAGCCAGCCUGUUCGGAAGCGACUUGCCCCCAUACCCAUCGCCCCAGCCAUGGUGAAGGCUCAGGCACCAGCACCGGCACCAGCAGCGGCAGCGGCAGCAAGGGCGGGCGCGACGGCGGGGCCUGGGCCCAAUGCGGCUGUGGGCGUAUCGGCGAGCGGCGCGGCGGCGAGCAGCAGGAAGCGGAAAGGGGGCGGGAGCCGCGACAUGCCGGAGGGCGCUGCUGCCGCCGCUUCUGCUCCUGACAGCGACGCCGACAGUGGCACACAUGGCGACGACAGCGAAAGCGAUGAUGACGGCGGCGCUGGAGCUGGAGGCGGGGCCGGGGGUGGAAACCGGCCGAAACGCGCUCGUACGUCCGGCGUCGGCACCGCAGGGAGGCAGAGUGCCGCCAGCAGUGGGAAGGCGUCCGCAGCUGCUGCCUCCGGGGCAGGAGCAGGGGCAGGGGCAGGCUCAGGGGCAGGGGCGGGGGCGGGAAAGAAGGCCGCUGCCAAGCCUCGCGUGCAGGGUGGAGGCGCGGCGGGCGCAGCCGGUGCUGCAGGCCCGAGCGGCUCGCAACCCGUGGCGUCGCCCUCCACCGGCUCCAAGCGCCGGCGCAACAAGAAGCAGCGCCGCCCGGCCCGCAACGCCUUUGUUGCGGCGUGCCUUCGGGAGACCGGCGGCCGCGACUCAGGCUCGGACGAGGGCUGGUCGGACCUGGAGGACUUCAUCGUGUGCCAGCCCGACCGGGACUACGACCGCCUGUUCGCGAUCAAGUACAAAUACGAUCCCCAAGAUGACAAGGAGGGGGAGGCGGAGAGGGAGCGGGCGGCUGCGGCGCCCGGGGGUGCCGCGGCGGGGGGUGCGGCGGGGGGUGCAGGUGGCGGUGCUGCCAGUGGUGGUUGCCGAGGUGGUGGCAGCAAGGGGGGUCAAGGUGGAGUUGGCCGGCGGUAGCCAGGUGCAGACUGAUGGUAUUUGUUUGCGGAGGUGAAGGUGGGGGAGGGAUGGAGGUAGAGUUUUACUGAGAGACAAUCGGCAGCGGACGCCGGAGCUGACGACAGGGAGGGGCGGUGGGGUGCUGCUUGGCCGCUGUGGGCGUGGCGU